AUGAAUCGUUGGUACAUAUUUGAAUGUGAACGAUUAAAACAACUACAUUUACCAUUGACACGUUUACAAGUACAACAUUUUCAUCAAAUCAAUCAAAUGGAACAACAGGUUGAUGUUAAAAAGAAUAAUCAUUCAAAAUAUAUUUGGAAUACAUGUCCUGUACAUAAUAGUGAUAAACGAAAUUCCAUACAACCAUUUACUACACUUACAAUACCAAUUGGAUCUAAAUGUAAUUGUAUGAAUCAUGAUAAUUUAUGGUGUGAAAAACAUAACAAAUUACAACCAGUCAAUUUAUCCUGUUGGUAUAAACCAGAUUUUAAUGUACCAACAGCUAGUCUACGUCAAAAAGCUUAUGAAGAUUAUCAACAAUAUCGUUUACAAAACAUGAAUAGAACAACACGAACAAUGGAAACAAAAAGAUCGUUAAAGAGAAUUGAACAUUGAACAAUCAAAUAAUAAAACCAAAUGUUUAUUUUCAACAUUGUCAUUAUUCAAAUUAGUGUUAUUAAUAAUAGAAUUUCAUUAGCUCUAUCAGUUAUGGAUUAUUUGAAUAGGGAAAGAAUACUAUUAUAGUCAUUAUCCGAUAUAUUGGUAUGUCCAUAUACAGUUUGGAUUAAAUCAUAACUAAUUACUGUGUAUUAUCAGCUUUUAAGA